AGUGCAACUUUUGGGCUAUGCGCAUGCCGCUCAGGAUCCUUGUCAGACAACAUCAUAUAAUUAUAAUAACAAUGGAGGGAGCGUUCCUUAUAAACUUGCUACACUCAGCUUCGCUCAAUUGCGACUUUACAGUGGUCAGAAACAGUGGUGUGUGAGAUCUCUAGAGAUAUGUCGAACCCGAACUUCUGUCGUUUUUACCGAGAGAAGGUAUGCAAGGGGUUUGACAAACUCGUUCAACAGGCCAACGAAGGGGGGUGCACGGCCUUCGCAGUCAACUUGACCCCUCACGGAGGACUUUGCGUCCACGAUCCCACGGGCCUUUUCUCGGCAUUCGUGGGCAGCCGCAUGGACGAGCUUACCACCGUUUUCGCUGAGGCCGAAGAAAGGGUCAAGACAGCUUCACAAGAAUCAACCGUCCUUCUUCCCCUGCCCGACGUCCUGUGGCAUCGACUCACGAACGCACAGCUUCGGGAACUGAUCCCGUGCUACGUGAAGGUGCUGACCGGGCGCGGCCAACCGGGAUGGGCCCAGUCGGGAAAGAGGCCGACCUGGUGGCCGGAUGCAGUGCUGCCAUGGUCGUCAAUCGACAGAAGCAAGGGUAUUGGCAAGAAGCCAGAGGGAAAGGGGUACACACACGAACAAUGGCAAAGUGCCUUGCAGAUUGUCGUGAAGUGCGCCAUUCAGGAGACAGGUUACGACCCCAGCACCUACUUCCGCGGCGGACACCCCAGACUGCUGUCCGAUCGCGAGGUCGACCAACCCGACAGCACACCAUCAGAGGGCGGAGGGGACCAGGACAGCCCUGCGUCACACCCAGAGUACGACACCGACAGUCAGCAUGACAGCCCGGAGGCACACAGAGUGCGGCAACAACUAAGACAGUCAGGACCACGACGGUCCGGUGUCCCAAGGCAGACCCCGACAGACCGCACCCCGACAGUCCACCGGACCCCGACAGCCCACCGGACCCCGACAGCCCACCGGACCCCGACAGCCCACCGGACCCCGACAGCCCACCGGACCCCGACAGCCCACCGGACCCCGACAGCCCACCGGACCCCGACAGCCCACCGGACCCCGACAGCCCACCGGACCCCGACAGCCCACCGGACCCCGACAGCCCACCGGACCCCGACAGCCCACCGGACCCCGACAGCCCACCGGACCCCGACAGCCCGGGGGCACGCUGAGUACAGUAGCGACUCCGGGUCGGAGUACGGCGAGUCGGGGUCAGAGUACGGCGAGUCGGGGUCAGAGUAUGGCGAGUCGGGGCCAGAGUACGGCGAGUCGGGACCAGAGUCCGACACGGCCCCCGACAGCCCGGUUGUCUUCAGGAGGCGGGGAAAGAGGGUACCAGCAUUCUUGAUGAACACUCCAGUAGCUAAAAGAGGCGCUCACGUCACUUGCAAGUAUCCAGCUAGCGGGAAGCCAGCAGCGACGGCCGCAUUAUUUGUACAAUUGUUCCUCCCUCUGCUGUACCCCGAGGCUGACGGUUCCUAG